AUUUAUGGAUCCUAACAACACAUAUACACACACGCGAAGCUUUUAUUUGAGAGCGGAAACACUUAACUUCCGGUCCUGACUGGGUUCCCUGGUGCAGCUUGACGCGGCGGGUCCUCCUCUGGCUUCGUGGCUCAUUCAGUUGAUUGUUGCGUGAACGCUGUUUGCGGGGAGACGCGGGACGGAUGGCGGGGGUGUUGUGUGCGCUCGCGGCCGCGGUGCUGCUCGGCGCGGGGGUUCGCGGGAAAACCGUGACGGGACUUCUGAGGAGCGACGCAGCGCGGGAGGCGCGCGGACAGUUCAUCUCUUCAUUCAUGUACCAAGGCGAUAGUGGUCUGUUAGUGUGUCGACUGGACAACUCGGCUCUGGCCACAGAGAAGGAGUCCAGACUGCUGCUGUACCAGGACAUGGACUCAGACCUGGACAACCUGAGCUGCAGCGAGCGGCUGGCCCGAGCCCACUUCACCAUUCUUCUCAAUCAGGAAGAACACAACCAGACCAUCCCUCGACAGUCGUCCCCGACAGCCUGGCAGGCCGUGUACGCUGACAGAUACACGUGUCAGGAAGGCGCGGUGAUUCCAUCUCACCCUGAUCUCAGUUUCACCGUGUUGCUGUUGAACGCAGACUCGGCCGGAAAUCCUCUGGAGCACUUCAGCGCCGAGGAGGCAGGUCUCCACAGUUUCUACUUCCUCCUGCUGCUCGCCUACUUCAUCGCCUGCUGUAUCUACAUCAAGCCCCUGCACCAGGCCCUGAGGAAAGGAGGCCCCAUGCACACUGUCUUCAAAGUGCUCAUCACGGCGCUGGCCUUGCAGGGCUGCUCCGCUCUCUGCAACUACAUCCACCUGGCCAGGUAUUCUCGAGAUGGUAUCGGUAUUCCUCUGAUGGGCAGCCUGGCAGAGUUCUGGGAUAUGGUGUCCCAGGUGUCCAUGCUGUACAUGUUGCUGAGCCUGUGUAUGGGCUGGACUCUGAGUCGAGGCAGGAAGCCUCAGUCCAGACCUCUGCAGUGGGAACAUUCUCCGGCCUCCACGGCUGUCGCUGUCGGUGGAGUCAUCACACAGGGAGUGCUGCUGCUGUGGGAGCUAUAUUCAGAGUCUGAGAGGGAACACCACAGCUACCACGCCGGGCAGAGUCUGGCAGGCAUCCUCCUCAUCGUGCUGAGGGUGGGCUUGGCCGUGCUCUUGGCCUCUGUCCUCUACCAGAUCAUCUCCACCGAGAGGAGCACCCUGAAGAGAGACUUCUACCUCAGCUUCGCCAAGGGAUGCUUCCUGUGGUUCCUCUGUCACCCGGUCCUCGUCCUUACAUCUGUCAUCUUCAACAAGCACCAGAGGGAGAAGGUGGUGACUAUCGGUGUCAUCCUGUGCCAGUCCAUCUCCAUGGUGAUCCUCUACCAGCUCUUCCUGUCUCGCUCGCUCUACUGGGAGGUCUCCUCUCUCUCCUCUGUGUCUCUGCCACUUACCAUGUCCAGGACAAACCAGAGGGGGCGCUACUGAGCCAAUCAGAGGGGAGUUGGAACACGCUGUGAGACCAGGGCUUCCCAGGGGUAAACUUCCCAAACACUGUGAUGCAAGCAUGCUGCGACACCGCUGUUCUCCUUUGCUGUGAACUGAUUCCAGGCGGAAUAACCAUGGCGACUGGUGAAGAAAUGACCAGGAAACCAUAGCACGGGUUAGAGGACAUCACAGCAACACCCUUCCUCUAGUUACAGAUGAUUUUAGACAUUGCUGAGCAGGAGGAAACGUUAUCUCCACCACUUGUGCUCUCCGCUACAGUACAGGACGUCCUACCCAACAGCCACUGUACAACUUUAAAGGAAAGGAGGAAGAUGAGUCCUCGAGAUUUUAACAAGUCAAGAAUGAAUUUGAUCGUGACUGUGACGGACACCUGAAGGACACAGGCUGAGAUCACAUGCUCAUGAGACUCAUCACUCGUCCUGGUCAUUAAACUCAACUCACAUCCAAAGAGUUUAACACACAUUUAAGAAAGACACAAAGAAAACGUUUUGUUUGUUUUAUAUUUUUCUUAUUGUCUGUAAAUGCAGCUCAUUUAUUUCUGUCAUUCCUACGUUGGGAAAGUGUGGCUCUCCAACAAAAACCCGUUGGUCCGUACCAUAACAUCUACAUCUUUUAAAAAGGACUCACUUGUAGUUUUAUUUAAUUUCACUCACACAGGAAUAAAAAGUGCAUCUGUUUGGGACUAGUUUCAGCUGCGGGCUGAUACACAUCUGCUGCACGAGCCUGGGUUUUUUAGCAGAAAGGUGCAUGUGUUGGAUGAAAAAGAAACUAUAUCCAGUCAUAUUGUCCACCUCUGUUAUGAUGUUAUACAUGAGCCUAUCUGGGGGUUUGUUAAUCCCAAAAUGUGCUGAUCUCUUCUAUCAGCUCUUGUUGUAGCUUUGCGUUGAUGUGUGUUUAUAUUCACUGUGUUUGACAAUCUUAUUUUAAUAACACAACACAAAUCAAUACGAAGCCUCUGGUUGAACUGUGAGUUCAAUAUCUUAUAUUUAAAUGGUUGGACAUUUGUUACAGUAAAUUUCAUUUAA